GGACGGGCCAACUGCUGAGUCAGCUAGCGCGAGCAAGGCCUAUUUUCUCGCCAACUCUACUUUUGAAUAUCGAUUAUUCUAACGAAUUCCUUCGUCCCGCGCUUUCGCGGCCAAUGAGCCCUCCUGUCUACAAGAUGCCGAACAAUACUUGGUUCACACCCUACAGAUUCCCCGCAUGGAAAUGCCUUAGCCACGGUCCGUCGCAAGGGAUCGUAUAUGAGCUCUCGGAGACGACGGUCGUAAAGGUACCCUUUCAAUAUCCAGUCAGCAGGGCGGUACCCCUAGACGAAGCAAACGAGCAAAUCUACAUGUCCUUACAGAGUUUCGCCCUUUUUAAUAAGGAGCGCGCGUUUUACGACGUACUCGCCAAAAACCCCCACCCGAACCUCGCACAAAGGUUGCAAUGCAAGCAACUCUCCGGUAUCGUUCUACAACGCUUUCAAUCGCUGGAUCAGGCAUGGAGCCUGAACACGAAGGAAAUACACGUCAUCUGGAUCCAGCAGCUACUUAGUGCUCUAGAGUGGCUUGAAAAUCUCGGAUACACACAUGGGGAUUUGAAAGUUCACAAUAUGGGUAUCGACGAGAAUAAUCGACUGCGGCUUUUCGACUUCGGCUCUGUUAGGCACCGCGACGAUGAAGGCUUUUAUGAGCAGGUUCUCAAGGACCAUUUCGCUUUGGCAACAUGCAUCCACUUCUUAGCAUCCGGUGUUGACCCUCUCGCGAAGGCCAACAGCAUUGCGGAAUUACGACGAACGUUCAGUAUCCUCAAAGGCGGCCAAGGUGUUGUUGAAGAAGCGGCGAGGGACUUUGAGGGAGUGAUUCAGGCGGGCUGGAUGGGGGUCCAUCGACCAGCUGCUAGUUUCUCGCAGUUACGAAAGGCUAUUGCAAGCAUUAGUGGGCAAAUUAACGUCAACGGAGCGCACCAGAACGAUAAGUCUUGCCCAAGUCUGCAGUUGGCUUGUGAUGACUUGGUGGUGGAGAAAGAUACUAGGUGGAUGGAUGAGGAGGACUAUCGUGCAGCUUGUAAGGCGGAUGGUUUUGAGACGCUUGAUAAUAUCUGGGACUGAUAUAGACGAGCUUGACUCUGGAAGUAUGCUAGUUCCAUGUUCAUGUGUAAUCGCCAUACCCAACCCUAGAGUCGAUCGGUCCCCAUCGCUCGCUCUCUUGAGCAUAGGAAACAUGAUGCCAGUGCUUUGGCCCCGAGAUUUAACUAGGUGCGUCCGCAGCCUUACAGUCGUCACAGAAGUCAUUGACGACCUUGUCGGUGAUA